AAUCACAUCUCUGACUAGCUUAACAAUUUAUUUCAAUACGAUCACACUCAAUUGCUAAAAACUCAACAGUAGCAGAAUGAAAAAGUAUUAAAUGAAGAGCCUACAAUCAAAAGUAUGCAGUUUGUGGGAGUACACUACAGGCUAAAACAUGUUUUUUUUGUGUUCUGGUAAAUUUUUUGAGAUUUCUGUCCUUUUUCACUUCAAUGUCGUCUUCAUUCAGUCUAAUGGAAAGAUAUAAACUUUUCAGCUUUAUGGGAUUUCAAAUGCUUUCUGCCGUUAAAAAUUGACUCCCAUCUCCUCCACCUUGACCUUUUUCAGACCCCUAAUCCACUGCCCAGAGGAAUGAAGUUUGGUUUUCAGGCUCAAAGUAAUCCUAUGCUAUCUGUUUGAUUUCGACCUUAGUCCGGUUUAUGUGCACAACCCCCACCUGGAUGCACUGAAAGAUGACGUCCUCUACCACUUCGGUCUGGGAACAGGAACUCACGACCUACCAGCUAUGUUUGGUGACGUCAAAUUUGUGUGUGUUGGGGGCAGUCCCUGGAGGAUGAAAGCAUUCACCAAAUACAUCGCCGCUGAGCUCGGUAUGGAAGACCCCAAUGCCGAGUACCCAAACAUCUGUGCUGGGACUGACCGCUACGCCAUGUACAUAGUGGGCCCUGUGCUCUCUGUCAGCCAUGGGAUGGGCAUUCCUUCUAUAGCCAUAAUGCUGCAUGAGCUAAUAAAGCUCCUCCAUCAUGCACAUUGCACAGAUGUUACAAUUAUGCGCAUUGGCACAUCAGGUGGAAUAGGAAUUGAGCCUGGCACCGUCGUAGUUACCAACCAAUCAGUGGACGGCACCUUCCUGCCCAGGUUUGAGCAGAUGAUCCUGGGGAAGAUUGUGGUGCGUAACAUCGAUCUGGACCAAAGUCUGGCCGAGGAACUGUUGCGGUGCAGCAAAGAGCUGAACCAGUUUGAGACUGUGAUGGGCAACACAAUGUGCACCAUGGAUUUCUAUGAAGGCCAAGCUCGUUUGGACGGGGCCUUCUGCUCCUACACUGAGGAGGAUAAACAGGACUACCUCAUGAGAGCCAGCCAAGCAGGAGUCUGCAAUAUAGAAAUGGAAUCGUCCGUUUUUGCUGCCAUGUGCAAGCUGAGUGGUCUGCGUGCGGCCGUGGUGUGUGUGACGUUACUGGAUCGCCUGAAGGGGGAUCAGGUGAACUGCUCUCAUGAAGUUCUCGACAGCUACCAGCAGCGUCCUCAGAAGCUGGUUGGUUACUACAUUAAACAGCAGCUGAUGGCCCAAGCAGGAAGUAGCUAAGCUCAACCAUCACUGGUUUGCAACCAUACGUCCCAAUCUGCGUAUAUCUUCUCUUGACACUGAAAACUUUGCAAUGCAACAACUGAGCUUUAAAACACUCCCCUAUAUUUUUAUCUAUUUCACCUUCGCGAUAAACUGUCGUGGACUGACAUUUUUAACUUGUAUUUCUUUUUAAACAUUUAACUGAACUUUUAAUGGAAAAUGGAAUCCUGUGCUCAUCCACACCUGUGUGUAGUAGAACACAUGAAGUUCCUUAUCUGUAAAACUUGAACCAGAAUCACAUAACUUAUUGAAAUCAUCUUUGUUUCAUGAAUGAUAAUGACCUGACUAUGACGUGACUAAGUUUUUGUCCUUGGCUUGUUCUUGGUUUUAAAACUCUAAAAAUCUUUUUAGUGUUUUCAAUGUAGAUUUAAUUUUACAGUUUCCUCUUCUUUCAUGUUUGUGUCCAGUUAUCCAUCAGAACCUAUAAACAAUUUGUCAUUCAUUUUGAGAGAGAGGAAAUUCCAUUGGAUGUCUUAUUUAUAAUAAAGCCUCAUACCC